UUAGGUUACCGUCCCAUUCCAACAGACCCUUACCUGGGAGGGAAUUCACCCUUGCCACCCCCCGUAAGUGACAGGAUGAGAAAGAGACGGGCUUUUGCUGAUAAAGAGCUGGAGAACAUUAUGCUAGAGAGAGAGUAUAAAGAGAGAGAGAUGAUGGAAGCUACACAAGCAGCUGCCCUUUUCCUCCCUAACCGCAUGGUGCAUGGAGCAGAAUACAACUCGUAUAAACCAGCCUUCAACACUACUCAAGCUGAUACUCCAAACAAGGAGUUUUGCGGUUUCUUACCAACCUGCCUUGAUCUAACCAUGCAAUAUUCAGGAUCCAGCAACAUGGAACUAAUUUCUUCAAAUGUCAGUGUAGCUACUACCUACAGGCAGUAUCCCCUGUCUUCCAGGUUCUUAGUGUGGCCAAAAUGUGGCCCCAUUAGCGAUGCUCUCCUCUACCAGCAGUGCCUGUUAAAUGCUGCUGCUGUCCAAACUCUCAAACCUGGGGCAGGUUGGGAUGCCAAGGUCUCACAAAGUCAUGACUGUCCAAACGCUGAGCAUGACAUCGUGUCUCCAAAACUGGAAAAUUCACUCAUUCUGACCCAUGCGCAGGACAUUCAGCAGUCAUGUAGUGAGAUACUGUGCCUUCCUCAGGAAGCUCGUGAGAGGUCAGCUUUCUCUCCUCCAAAAAGAACUUUCUCUCAGAUUUCUGACGAGGAUUCUCUGGCUCCUCAGGAACAGGUAUUAAGCAAGAUCAGCAAAGACAGUACCAAGCCCCCUCCACUGCUCAAAUACAAUCCAUUUCAGUCACUGUUCCAGCAGACGUUUCCUGACAGAUCAGGAGCAGAGUUGAGAACAUCAUUUGUGAAAGAGACUUUUGAAGACGCUUCUAAGAAAUACAGAGAGUGCACCAUUAAAGAGAACCCAAAAUACAAGUUUACAAUUGACAAAUGCACAAAAGACUUCUUUGGGGCCAAACAGGCAGCAACAAAACUUUCAGCAACUGAGCCACUGUCAUUUUCAGUUGAAUCCAUCCUUAAAUGA